UAUAGAAUGCUUGUUGUAGGUGUAUGCAAAAUGCAAAUGUUUCAUGACCGCCCAUGUCAAAAAUCUUGUAUUUUGUAAAAACCAUAAAUAAACAGAAAGUAAAGCAAUGGCUAUGUUUGGGAUUAUAGUUUCAGGACGGCUGGUUAGCACAGAAUUUCAGCAAAUAAAUGAGAAACAAUUUCUUACAACAAUUGUUGAUGCUGACAAUAUUAAUCAUGUAGUUAUAUUCCUUACUGGAGCAGUGCCAUUUCCAGAAGGUACAUCAGGACAAGUGUUUUUCAGCUGGCCCGAUCCGAAUGCGCCCCCAAACUGGCAACUCUUAGGUUACAUUUCCAACUUGAAACCUUCGGUGAUAUUUCGAAUUUCCAGUUUAAAGAAAUUGGACGAAAUGGGCGACUUUAUGAACACGAGCACGUUCGGUCAACAAGCUAUCUGUCAUAAUGCCCAAAUCGGUAUAUCUAUAGAAUCUAACGAAAUCAUCCAAGAUGGCCCCCAACACACUGAUGCCACUUCGUAUGUUAACUUUGCGCAGAAAAUGUUACAGAAUUUUAUUAACUACACGCUGAGUUAUUCCAUUAACCAAGCGCAUAUGCUGGCUGAUCCCACAGCGACUUAUGUUCCGUUGUCAACCGUUCAAAACUGGUAUACUAACUUUGAAAGGCGUCUGACUCAAAACCCACACUUUUGGAAGUCUUAGUUUAAGUUUACUUUUGUAAUUGCGUUAUGGGUUCAGUUAUUGUCACAUUUCUAUUAAAAUAAAAUAUAAAUUUUUACCAAUAACAA